CUUUUUUAAAUUCCACAUGAGGCUGUGUUAGUCAGUGCAGCAGGGAUUAACGAGCUGCCUACAUUUCCCACAAUGCACCAGGUGUAACGCGUGAAGAGCAGCGUGGUGCGGACGUGUUUGGCAGCAGGCCACUAAUGGAAGAGUGCAAAUCAGCAGAUUCUCCCAAAUGGUUCAUUUCUGUGGGGAUUUAUUAAAAUAUUAAACAUCCUCUAUUCACAACUAGAAGAACUCAUCAAAACAACCGAGUAGACCAAUGAGCGUGGCGAUAAGCUGAUCGAAGAGGAGGAAAAACCACUAAGACUGUAUAUAAAGGGUCGCCACCUACAAGAACGAUUGGCCCGCGGAGUGAGUCAUCGCUCUACUAGACGAUCUGUGCAGCUAGCAGCGGUGCUAAGCUAACCAGCGGUCGGUGGAGUCGGUGGUGACCGGGCAGAGUCGUUCCGCCUCCGGUAUGAUGCCAGGUGACAGCGACAUGAGCUCCAUCGUUCAGAGAAUCGCCCGCCAGGCUCUCGUCACGUUCCGCAACCCGCCCCGGGUCGGAGGGGCCGACGCCGGGAAGUGUUUUCUGGAGGACCUCGGGAAGCUCAAGAGCCUGAUGACGGAAGUGCGAGCGGCGGACCUGAAGCUCGACCCGCGGCGAGCCGAGGACAGCCCGCCCGGUGUGGCCCCUGCGCUCCCCUACCCCCACGGAGCGCCCCCGGUCACCUACAUGCACAUCUGCGAGACGGAUGGCUUCAGCAUGGGGGUGUUCCUGCUGAAGAGCGGCGCCUCCAUCCCGCUGCACGACCACCCGGAGAUGCACGGUGUCCUCAAGGUCCUGUACGGGAAGGUCAGGAUCCGCUGCUUCGACCGGCUGGAGCGGCCGAGCGGCGGCUCCACGGCGGCGCCUCCGCUCCCCCCGCCGGCCCAGGUGGGCUCUCUGCGGCGCUCCGUGCUCCGCUCCACCGGGGAGUUCACGGAGGAGUGCGGGCCCUGCGUCCUGUCCCCUGACCGGGACAACCUCCACCAGAUCGACGCUGUGGACGGCCCCACGGCGUUCAUGGACAUCCUGGCCCCGCCGUACGACCCGGACGACGGCAGAGACUGUCACUAUUACCGGGUCCUGGAGGCGGAUCCCGCGGAGCAGAAGGAGAAGGGGCUCUGGCUCAUGGAGAUCUCACAGCCGCCGGAUUUCUGGUGCGGAGGAGAACCGUACCCGGGCCCGGAGGUCUCCCUCUGAUCCGUCCGAAUAACGUCUUCUCUCGGCCUGGUCUGGUUCAGUGACCUCGGACAAACUGGGGCUAAAUCUGUAACCCAUGUGUGUGGAGCAUGUGGAGCCGUGCCGGGCCGUGCCAGGCCAGACUGAGGGUCAACACCUCAUGAAUGUAUCGGUGCAGGUGGAGGAAACAGCAGGUGACCUGAGGGUCUGUGCUGCAAAGAUUGAAUUGAAUUAAAAUUAUAAUAAUAUUUGAGAAGGUUUCCUCCAUCAGCUUCCGAUGCUCCUCUAACCUCCUCCAUCAGAAAGGGAAUCAAACCAUUUUCAUUAGGUUUUUGCUCGUUCAUCAUUAAUUCAGUUAGGAAACAGUUCAGCCUCCUGAGUUGAGGAGCAGCUAAAUCUCAGUUUUUAGCCAGAUUGUUUAUUUUCAGUCAUUGUUGUUACUGAGGUCACCUGAACGUCUGCCCCCCCACACGCCGCUGUCCUGGAUGCUGAUUGAUUCCAUGAGAAACUGUAGAUGUGUUUCAUCUUCAGGUUAAAGGGUUCAAAAACUGAAAAAUCCCCACAAUUGGACUUUGAGCAGACGAAUAUGUACAAACAAAAUAUUUUUAAAAAGACCCCUGAGAGGUUUAUUGAUGCCAAGAACUGACAGAUUGAUGAUGUGCAGGGGCCUGAUGCUGCGUUCAAGAAGAGUCGGAGGUCGGAGGUCGCUGCUUCAAGUUUGUAUUCCAACAAAAUUCAGGGGAAAGAUUCUGCUGAACCCUGAUGUCUAAUUCAAAACAUCACACUGCAGCACUUUGACCUUCAGAUACACUGCACGACCUUAGAUUUGCUGUAAAAUCUAGGGACGUCCUGCAUGAAAGAACACUGAAUUAUAUGGGUAAUUAUAAAUUUUUCUGGGAUUUCCAGACGUGUGACUGCACCUGAACGCAGCAUUAACCUGCCCUGAGCUGAAAUGUCCCUGCUGCUGGUGGAAGUUGCCCUGGACCACUGAGGUGAAGGCGUCCAUGUGUUUUAAUCGUCUUCCUGCUUAAGGUUUUGUCCUGUUUGUUUGUCAAAUGAAAAAAACGUGUGAAUCUUCA